UUCAGCUCAGUUAGCAGCGCCGAGCUAAUCCGGCUAUCAGCUAACGGCUAACGGCUAGCUAGUGGCGCUAUGAUGGCGGAGCUGGUGCAGGGACAGGCCUCGAUGAACCAGCCGGGGCUGAAGUCAGACGGCAUAGCCGAGGUUUUACAGAGGGCCCGGCAGAUGGUAGGAAAGAUGGGCGGAGAAACCAUGUCUCACCUCAACAGCUCCUCAGGAAGUGUCGAACCCUCGCUGUACUACCCGGGACAGAAGCGACCAGGAGAGGACGGAGUAGGAAACCAGCUAGCAGCCAUGGGGCAUCAAAGCAGGGUAAUCACAGAGGAUUACAAGGUUCCCGACAGAAUGGUUGGCUUCAUUAUUGGUAGAGGAGGUGAACAGAUCACCAGGAUCCAGUUGGAGUCCGGCUGCAAGAUCCAGAUUGCUUCUGACAGCGGCGGUCUGAUGGAGCGGCCAUGUUCCCUGACUGGAACCCCAGAGAGCAUCGAGCAGGCAAAGCGGCUGCUGAUCCAGAUUGUGGAUCGCUGUAGAAACGGACCUGGUUUUCACGGCGAAGGGGAGGGCGGCGCCUCGGUGCAGGAGAUGCUGAUCCCGGCCAGUAAGGUGGGGCUGGUGAUUGGCCGAGGAGGAGACACCAUCAAACAGCUGCAGGAGCGAGCAGGGGUGAAGAUGAUGAUGAUCCAGGACGGUCCGAUGCCGACAGGAGCCGACAAACCCCUCCGCAUCUCCGGAGACCCGUACAAAGUGCAGGCAGCGAGGGAGCUCGUGUUGGAGGUGAUCCGGGAGAAGGACGGAGACUUCAGGUCGGGACGCAACGACUUCAGCGCCCGUCUGGGAGGAGCCAACCUGGAUUCUGUCCCUCUGCAGGUCCCAGUCCCCAGGUUUGCUGUUGGCAUUGUGAUCGGCAGGAACGGAGAAAUGAUCAAGAAGAUCCAGAAUGAUGCAGGGGUCCGGAUCCAGUUUAAAGCAGAUGAUGGCAUCAGUCCGGAGCGUGUUGCCAUGGUGAUGGGUCAGCCGGACCGCUGUCAGCAUGCUGUCCACCUCAUCAACGAGCUCAUCCAGACCGCACAGGAGCGCGAUGGUUUUGGCUCCGCCCUGCGGAGUGGGAGGGUCAGAAGUCGUGGUGAUUGGACUAUGGGCUCUCCUGGUCCCCUACAGGAAGUGACCUACACCAUCCCCGCUGACAAGUGUGGCCUGGUCAUCGGCAAAGGUGGAGAAACCAUCAAGAGUAUUAACCAGCAGUCUGGGGCUCACGUGGAGCUGCAGAGGAACCCUCCCCCCUCCACCGACCCCAACACCCGGGUCUUCACCAUCAGAGGCACCGCCCAGCAGAUGGACCUGGCACGCCAGCUCAUAGACGACAAGAUCGGGGGCUCGGGCAUCAUGAGUAACGGAGGUUUUGGCUUCAGUCCCUUCACCCAGGGCCCCGCUACACACCAGAACUGUGGCAGUGGUCAGACCUUCCUGACUGGCGUUUGGGGAAACACCUACCAGACCAGCUGGCAGAACCCUGGACAACAAGACCCCGGUCAGCAGAGCCAGCCUCAGAGCUUGAUGACAGACUACAGUAAGGCCUGGGAGGACUACUACAAGAAACAAAGUCAGUCGUCUCAGCAGAGUUCGGUGCCAGACUACACUGCAGCGCUAGCAGAAUACUACAGACAGCAGCCCUACAUGUGGAACCCCGCCCAGAUACAGGAUCACUAGAGGCUCCUCCCAUCACCCGGCGAAGGCCUCGGAUGGUCGUCGGCGGCCACCGGAUCGGGGUUUCUAGCAACGCUCUGCCGCUUCCUCCUUCCUUUUUUUGUAGAGAAAAACUAAGGAUUAACUGAAAAUCACGAACUCUCUCUUCUUUCUGUUUUUUAACCUUACAAAGUUGAUAUUUUGUCGGGCAGAUUUUUUGGGACUAGCCUCUGGUCUCUCUCUCCACAGUGUAGACCUGAUUUUUUGUUUUUGUUUUUGUUUUUUAUCAAACUUGAACUUAAAGAUGUAUCAGUGUGGCUUUGAACAAAAACAAAAAAAUCCAGUAUAAUCUAUAUUUUGUCUAGUUUUAUUUUCCAAUAAGAAAACGGUAUGAGGCUUAGCAGUCUUGAGUAAGAAAAUCAGAUAUUAUUAUUAUUAUUAUUAUUAUUAUUUUGUUGAUAAUGUUUUAAAGCAUGCGACAGAUUGUGUGUUGACUCUCAGUUAUUACUUUUUUUUUUGGCAUAGAAAUAUUUUAAUAGCGUCAGAUGGAAAUUUAAUGUUUUACCGUCAGAGACAAAACUGUUUUUUUGUACUAAAUUUGUGCUCGCUGGGUCUUUGUUCUCGAUCUAAUUUUACCUGUUUAGUCGCCAUCUUGGAGGUGCAAUGACGCGUUUAUUGUUUUCUUUUGGUUUGAUGACAGUUCUUAUUCCUGUAUCUCUAUAGUGAUUCUUUAGUUUUUAUGAUGUAAUGAUGAAUAAAUGACGAUUUAUAUUGCGUUGUCUAAAGCCAGAUCUCUCUGUGGUCAAACACUUUGUGUCCUCCGCAGGAUUUAAACUCCACCCCCCGCCUCAACUUUCAUUACAAAGAAGGCGGAAAUGACUGUUUUCUUACAGAGUGAAACUUUAUUAUUGUUGUUGUAACUUAGUUCUGCAUUUCUACUUUGCCGAUUUGUUUGUAAGAAUAAGUGUUAGGAGCUGAGCAAUGAAGUUAUCGAUCCUAUUAGCAAUUUGUUUGGGCAAACGAGCGCGUUAGCUGAAUGCACAAGUUAGCUGAACGAUGUUUGUUAGUGACGAAGAUGUGUGUUACCUCAACUGUGUGUUAGCUGUGUGAAUGUGGUGGUUCUGUAAGCUGUAGUGUGCGUGCGUGUUAACUAAAUGUUAGGAGAACCAACGAUCUGUUAAGCUAAAUGGUGCGUGUUAGCUGAAUGUAGACGUUAAAUCUCUCUCGGUGAAAAGAUGUGGCGUCUGAACUGUAUGACUCUUCUCGAUGAACAAGUUUUGUUAUUUGAAUGGAUGUUGUGGCUCAACCGUUAUGUGUGUGUGUGUGUUAGCUGGAUGCGAAGCUAUUUAGUUAAGCGUGCGCUAACUUAAUUGCGUAAUGCUGCACUCACGACAUAUCGACAGGUGAUAAGAAACAUCCACGUCCGCCUCCUGGUGGCAACAAAAGUCGGAGAUAAUUUGAAUUUUCUACAGCUAAAAUAUGAUGAACACAACUGUCAGCAAACUGACUCCAAAGAACCCCAGCCGAAACACUAAUAUUAUCCAUUUUGCUAAUUAGAAAGAAGCUGUUUGCAUCUAAUUUUACUUGCUAACGAAGUGCCGUAACAAUGUGAAAUGAUUAAACAUAGUUAAUUUAGGUUUAAUAUCCAUUUCAGUGGCUAGCAAACGGGGUAACAUCUUUAAACAAUGUGUCAGUGUGCCUGAAUUAUCCCUGAUCCUCCUGACGUGGUGUGAAUGCAGCAUUAGCUGAAUGUCCGUUAGCUAAACGGUGUGUAUGUUAGCUGUACUGUGUGUGUUAAGGCUGGGUUAGGCUUCUCCAACAGUUUGGGUGGCUAUUUUAUAUAUUUACAAACGUGAAGAUAUUCUUUUGCUUUUCCUUUUUCGAGCCCGAGACGUUUGUGCACCUUCGCCGAGCGUGUAACUCCAGCCUUAGCCGUAUGUUUGUUAGCAUUGUGUGUUUUCUGAUGUGUAUUUCUGUGCGUUAGCUGAGCGUCGUGUGUGUGUGUGUGUGUGUGUGUGUCGGACCACAGAGAGGUUUGCCUUGUGUUGAGGGGAGAUCUGGCUGUUGUUGAGUUGAAUAUUGAAUCAGUGGUUAUGCUUCUUGUAUGUGUGACGAUGAUGAUGAUAAUAAUAAUAAUGACGACGAUAAUAAUGAGUUCUCCUGUACAGGGGGUCUAUUUAAAUCUGUUCAUCCAGUUAUGAAUAUUCAGUUUGUCUAUAAGAUAAUAUGGUUUGUGUAAAUUUCCACUCUCUGGCGGGUGCUCUCCAGUUUAAAAGUGUGCUUUGUUAUCCUGUUUAAAAAUGAGAUUGUUUAAUUCACAUGUUGUGUCUAACCGAUUUUUGCAAAGAGAAGCUAUGUUAUAUUCUCAAGACUGCUAGGCUAACUGUCUCUAUCUCUUCUCCUCGUCUUUCCGUCUGUCUGUCUGGACGCCGCCACGUUAAAAAAAAAAAAGAAAAGUUGUCGGGUCUCUUUUUUUUUCCAACACGUCUGUAAUUGGACCAUGUGACUACACGGGCGUGUUGAACGGUCCCGUUUGUUAGCGUGGCGGCUCCGGGGCGAGGAGAGCUGUAGUGAGGGGGUUUUUACUCCCCGUAAAAUUAUAUUAAAAAAACAAAAAACACCGGAGUGGGCGGUGAACUGGUGUCCAGGUCCAGGCGCGGCGUGGACUCUAACGAGCUGGACUGGGUCCCGAACCAGCUGGGCAGCGAGGUCACACAUAGCCUCCCGGCGCCCCAGAACCAGGACUAGACACGACACCACCCAUCCCACUCCGGUUUAGAUCUUCCUAGUCCCGACCCCUGGUCCUGAAGGGGUGACGGGGAGCUUUUUGGUUUCAUGGUUUCUGUUGUUUUUCUAAUGGACAGACGUCCUAACUGUAACCUGCAGAUUUUUCUAUUAGAUUCUAUUGACAGAUAAAGUUGUGUAUGAACCCGAGCCACGAGACUGUCGGUGGCCGAGGAAGAGGAAGAUGGAUGAUGAUGAUGAUGAUGAUUAACAUGAGGGCUAAUAAACAGGCUCAUUCUUUCUGA